CAGCACUAAGUUAGCUACAAGCUUUGAAGCUUGAGCAUGGUCAAGAUCCAAACUCAGAAAUACUCACUAUUGAACUUCAUUGACCGCCGAUCAACCGCCGAUCAUCAAACUGAUCGUGAUGGCGGGAAGAACCGCUUUUGGACGACCGCUCCCUGUGCGAAGCAUGUGCAUGAAGAUCUUGCUGCUGAACCACCCAAUUACAUCACUAACUAACUAUACAAAAAAACUCUACACUGCUAUGGAACCUACUGUCGCGAACAAAGACUUCAUGUUCAACGGCCCUCCAUCUCUGGUGAAACCUUUCAUCGCCAAAGUUAUCAGCAAACUGCAGGAACCUAAUGUUUCCGACCAAUUUGCGCAUGAUUACUUCUCGACCGCAGUCGACGCGGGGGAUGGACCAAGCUUCAGUCGUCGACGAGACACUGCUGGCUACCUUGCCCUUGAUUGCAUCCAGUUCCUUGUUAUGCCUGCUACGAUGAGGCAACGUCGGCAAAUCUUCCAGCAGUUGAUGCAAAGCAAUGUGCUCGAGAUUUGUACUGACAAAUUGGACAACCACCCUUUGCUUAUACAUCGGAAUGCUGCAGCAAACACGCUGCGCGUUGUCGCAGCUAACUUGUUUCUCGGAGAGGCGCUGUCUCCACAACAAACAGCAGAUCUCCUUGAAAGAUGUUGUCGGUGGACCCUAGCUGGUCCGGAUCGCGAUUCUGAUGAGCUACUGGACGACAACAAAGUGUGGCAAACCCAAGUGAUGGUUGGGCGUCCAAUGCCGACGUAUGCUGCACAUAAGUACGGCAAAAGAUGGUUUGGUAUGACUGCGGAGCAUUUCAUGUUCACUGCACACGCCCUUGUUUGUCGAGUUCCUCAACCGUCGCGCAAGUUCACGCUAGAAGUACUUCAACACAAACCUGCUAUCAUUGACUUGCUUUUGGAAUGUGCUCUCGAAGCCAGGCCGCCGUGGUUCCCGGAGUCGCAAGUGGAUGAACUGGCUAUGGAGACUUUGGCUCUUCUUCUUCAAUUUCCGCAUGCUAUGGUACCCGGCCUUGAUAUUCCUUUAGAAGGCAAGGCCAAGGAUGAGUAUCAAGUUGACUUCGACGCCUCAGUCAAAAUAAUGGAAAUCUUUGUCUCACGUCCCGGUUGGGCGCAGAAGCUGGUAGACAUCUGGUCGAAGCUCGAGAGAGAGAAGCCGGUCGAUAUUCAAAGGAUGCUUGAUCGAGUGUCUUCAGACUGGUAUGCAGCUGCGCCACCUAACGAUGAAACAUUGAUUCAUUCCAUGGAAUAUCGAGGUCAAGUCAGGAUUGCCACACUCAGACUUAUCGCGAGCGCAACAUACGUAGACAGCAUCCGAGAUGUCGAUCUUCUCUCUGUCCUCCGUAUCGCCUAUCUCGGGACACAGAAAUCCAAGUCCCGUGAAGAAGUCGUGAGGAGCCAUGAUCCCUUUGAAGUUGCUACCUGGGUCGAACAUAACGAGGAGGUCCUGCGUGUACCGCUCUGGGCUGCAGAUGCUGGUGAUGAUUUCGACGAGGUCGCCACUCUUCCUCGUGAAGCAACAAUGGGGCCUAUUGCUCUUGUUCGUCUUCUAAUUAGGCUUACUGAACGUGGCUUAGUCGACCAAUCGCAAUCCUGGACGACGCUACCCGAGGGAACUGUACCAUCCAUAAUGCUGAAACAAGUGCAACAAAUCCUGAGUCCCGUUGUGGUGAAGAAAAUCUUGUCCACAGCGCUAAAACGCGUCUCAGCAUACCGAGAGAUAGGACAUGAACGUGUUCAAGAAGGUCACGACCAUCGUGCUUUACUGGCAUAUACUCCCGCUUCCGAGCUAGCUUUGAGUUUGCUAGAGCUGAACCGUGUAGCUGAUAGGAAAUACGCUGCUCAAACGCGCGGAGCCCAAAAAGAGCUUGUUCUAUGUCUAGGCAACGCUGCGACUGUGUGCCGACGUAAAAAGCGAUACGAAGGCGCUCUUCUCCUUGCGGCUGCUGCUGAGCGGUAUGGCCAACACGCAUCAGCAGAGGAGGGAAUUACGACUGACAUGAAGGAAAAGAAUAAGAAAAGAUUGGCUGAGCUGAAACGUAUCGUUAACAUGUAGAUUUACCGGACAUGUAUCUACAUUCAACUAUUGUUCGACGCCUUUGUUAUUCAUGAUAUACCAGCGACUUGAGAGGUAAAGUCAACCUCUGAAAAUGACAACAUUGGCCUCUCGUGAAGAAAUGC